AUGUCUUCCAGCAGCGCGACCGGUCCCUUCUGGGGCCGAUUGAACUGGCUGCAUGUCUACAUUGCCGGCACCGCGUUCGCGGUCUGCGCGUUCGUCGCAGUGGUCAUGAUGUUGUCGUCACAGAAGCGCAAAAUUGACUACAAUAGCGGUGUCUUCACCUAUCUCAAGUUCGCAUACGCGACAUUCCUCAAACCCCACGAGAAGCACGGAAAUGGUCAACAGGAUGCUCUCGAGAGCUUCUACAAGACGCAGGCUGGCGUCUACGAUGCCACUCGCAAACGUUUGUUGCGCGGUCGAGAGGAUAUGCUGGGUCUGGUUGCAGCCCAACUGAAGCACAAGGUCGAGAACAAGCAGCUUCAGUCUGGCAAGGCUGUCUGGGUUGAUAUUGGCGGAGGCACUGGAUACAACAUUGAAGCCAUGUCUGCUUUCCUACCCGUCAAGGAUUUCUUCUCCCGCGUUUAUCUGGUAGAUCUAUCACCCUCGCUCUGUGAGGUGGCCCGCCAGCGCUUCGAAAGGCUGGGAUGGAAGAACGUCCACGUUGUCUGCCAGGAUGCUCGCUCCUUCCGUUUACCGGAGGAUGACAAGGUCGACCCCCGUAACGAGAGCAGCGCCGGUGCCGACUUGGCAACAAUGAGCUAUAGCCUGUCUAUGAUUCCAGACUACUACAGUGUCAUCGACGCGCUACCUGCACUCUUGAAGCCUACUGGCGUUCUCGGAGUUUGUGACUUCUAUGUCCAAAGCAUUGUUGAUGUCUCGUCGCGUAACUACACUGGCGGUGCCUUCAACCGACAUGUGAACUGGCUCGGUCGUGUCUUCUGGCGUGCCUGGUUCGACGUGGACCGGGUCAGCUUGGAGGCAGCCCGCCGUGACUACCUGGAGUACCGAUUCGGAACCGUCAUCUCUGCCAGCGAGAGAAACUACCUUUUGGGUGGUAUCCCAUACUACAUCUUUGUCGGUUGCCAGAAAGAUUCGACCACCCACUCAGGUCGCGAAGCCAUCGAGAAGUUGAAUGCUUCGUUCACAGAGUCGCCGUACCUCUCUCCCGCCAACCAUCGCAAGGAGAUGGAGACUGCUGUUGUGAAUAGCACUCAGGAAAUCAGAUCCAAGGCCUAUGAGUCGGCUGUGAUCAAUCUGAGCGCGAACCUGCCUCUCCCUUCGUCCUUUUACCAGAAUCACCACCACCGUAUCUUCUACAAUGACCUCCUCCCCAAGCACACUCAGUUCGGAAACGAGUAUAUUUAUGCUUUCAACUGGGAAGACCCCCGCGUUGACCACCGCCUGCUGGACAUCAAGCGAGACGAUGUCAUUCUGGCCAUCACCAGCGCCGGUGACAACAUUCUUGACUACCUUCAGAAGAGCCCGCGUCGUGUCCAUGCGGUUGACUUGAACCCAAAUCAGAACCACCUUCUGGAACUCAAGGUGGCUAGCUUCAUGGCUCUGGGCCACCGCGAUGUGUGGAAGAUCUUCGGUGAAGGAAAGCAUCCCGAGUUCCGCAACCUACUCAUCUCCCGACUGAGCCCACACUUGUCUAGUCAAGCCUUCCAGUACUGGCUGGAGCAUACCCAUAUCUUCACUUCCUCUUCUGGUAAGGGACUCUACGAGACGGGUGGAUCGCGCCACGCUAUCAAGAUGGUCCGCUACCUCUUCAAGGUCUUCGGCCUGGAAAGCCAGGUACGACAGCUCUGUGAGGCCCAGACCUUGGCAGAACAGCGCAAGAUCUGGCCUCGAAUCCGUUCCGUCCUGAUGAGCAAGCCUCUUCACUGGGCGGUGGUGGGAACGGAAUGGUUCGCAUGGAAGGCCGCAGGCGUGCCUCGCAACCAGCGUAACAUGAUUAUCGAUGACUACUUCAAGAGAAACGGUUUGAACAAGGACAUGAAGCAGGCGAAGGAUGUCAGCGGCAAGUCGAUCUGGGAGUACGUGGUGGACACCUUGGAUCCGGUGGUCCAGGACACUCUGAUCAGCAAUGACAACUACUUUUACUUUCUCUGCUUGCAGGGACAGUUUUCACGGAGGUGCCAUCCCGCAUACCUCUCCCCUAAAGCCCAUGUGAAGCUCUCCUCGCCUGGCGCAUUCGACGGUCUCCGCAUCCACACAGACGAGAUCAACGAGGUAAUCAAGCGGAUCAAGCCGCGCAGCCUGACUAUCGCUGUGGUCAUGGACUCCAUGGACUGGUUCGACCCGGAAGGCGAAGAAGCCUCCAUCCAAGCACAGAAGCUCAACCACGCCUUGAAGAUGGGUGGCCGGAUACUACUCCGUUCCGCGAGCAUCGAGCCAUGGUAUAUCCAACAUUUCGAGCAGAACGGUUUCUCCGCACGCCGCGUUGGCGCCAGAUUCCCGGGCACUUGCAUUGAUCGUGUGAACAUGUACGCCUCCACCUGGAUCUGCACCAAGACGCAAGAACUCGAACGUCCAGCACCUAGUCGCGCCAUGUCUGCUCUGUCAUUGGACAACAUCACCCCGAAGAGAAACAGCGUAGAGCAUCUUGAGAUAUGA